AUGUUUACAUACAUCCUGAUCCUCCUGUUUUGUAUAAGCAACGCAAUUGCUCAACAACCAGGUGCUUGGAGCACCACCUUCGGCGGCAGUACGCUUAACAGUCGAAAUGUUACCUUCUGGACUGGCGAUUCCAUAGGAUGGAGUGGCAUGAUACGCGUAGAUGGAACGGCUCAUGAAUACAUGGGAGACUCGCCCUCCGUACAAGGUCUCCAGAAAGCAACUCCACUCACCGUAUCCUACGACUCUCACUGCAAUAACUUUACAUUCGACGCUGGACCGGUGCGAGUAGAAGCGAGAUUAUUUUCUCCUGUUCUGCCGAAAGAUCCCUGCAAGAGCAGUAUUCCGCUCAGCUAUCUAGAAGUCGAGUUUGUCGCCACUGAUGAGCUUUCGCAUAAUGUACAACUCUACUCAGACGUGGAUUCCAUCUGGCUUGCGGGCGGCAAUGUAUUGUUCGACUGGACCGUUGACUGCCCUGGUGAGUCUUUUGACGAAAUUAACUGCCCACCUAAGGGGAUAGAAACCCCCGACACCUUGUUUCAUCGGGAACCGUUGAUUCUAAAUGAGCUAUCAUGGUCCGAUCGUGGCCAUAAACAGGAACCGUACUGGGGCAGCCUACACUACGACUCUUCUCCCGGCAUGAGCACCGAAUUAAAUACUGCGAAUGGUCUAGCGACUACUAUACGACGGCAGUUUGCCAAGGACGGCACAGUGGAUAAUUCUUUCGAUCAGGAUCAGUUUCGGGGACCACCAGUUGAUCGAAUGCCAGUGUUCGAUUUCUUGCAUGGUUUUGCGUCCAGCCAGUCCGGAUUGGUGUUAUACACCGUCGGGACAACUCAAGGGCUUGCUGUGAACUACCGCACUGCCAGAGGGGACAUUGAGCUCCAGCCAUGGUGGCUCACGAAUGAUUGCUACAAGACUGCCAACAACAUGAUCCGCACGCAUUACAAAGACUAUGCAACUACCGUAAAAGAGGCCAGACUUUGGACUAUGAAGCUGCGACAUGAUGUAGCUUACUACUAUGGUCAGGAUAGAGUGACCGAUAUGCAUACACAAGUAUGCUCGUUAUCAGAAGAGGAGUCGUACUACGCCAUUGUCGCGCUUUCUGCCCGCCAGAUCCUGGCCGCAAAUGUUCUUACAGGAUCUGCAGAUAACGCUACGGGACCGACCAUUUUCCAGAACGAAACCUCAUCAGACGGCAAAGUGAACACGGCCGAUGCCAUCUAUCCCACGUUACCUUUCUGGCUCUAUGCAAACCCGGAGCUUCUUCGCUUGCUGCUCAAGCCCGUCUCCGAGUUCUAG